AUGGAUUUUGUCUACAGUAGUGGAGUGCUGAUUAUACAGUACAUCCAGAACAACUACAGGGAAUACCAUGACUUCCUCAACUUCAUGUCAACUGUGGGUGACUCUCGUAGUAUCUUCUCUGUUUAUUUCCCCCUCUGGUUCCAUCUCAGUCGUGAUGUGGGCACCAAGAUGAUAUGGGCGGCUGUUUUCGGUGAUUGGUUCAAUCUUAUUUUCAAAUGGGAUCUGUUUGGGCAGUGGCCUUACUGGUAGGUACACGAAACUCACUUCUACCACAACGUAGCUCCCCAUUUGGAACAAUUUCACAUAGCAUGUGAAACAGGGCCAGGUUGUCCAUCUGGUCAUGCCAUGGGCUCAUCAUAUGUGUGGUAUGUGAUGAUCACGUCUGCUCUCAGCUUUACCCAGUCCUCCAGUGUCUCUUCUGUCCAGAGUUUUCAGAGGUUUCGUCUUCUCAGGUCUUCUUUGUGGAUACUUUGUGUCUCCAGGGUUUUUAUUGCUACACAUUUCCCACAUCAGGUUAUCAUCUGUGUUAUAGCUGGUAUGCUGGUUGCUGAAGUGUUUGAUCAUGUCCCCUCAGUCCACAAUGCAAACUUAUAAGUGUACAUCCAGACCAUAGACUGUAUCCUGACCAAUGUUUUUCUUUUCUCUUUUGCUGCUUGCUUUUAUCUGCUGCUUAAACUGACAGAUAUUGAUCCUCUGUGGUCAGUUACUAAAGCCAAGACAUGGUAUGCUAACCCAGAUUGGAUCCAUCUUGACACCACUCCUUUUGCUGGUCUGGUGAGAAACCUGGGAGCCCUGCUUGGUCUGGGCCUGGCCGUAAACUCUGAGAUGUUUAUUAAAAGCUGUAAGGGGAAGGACGAUUACAAAACUAGAUUUAAACUCAUGUGUAGUGAGGUAGAACAGAGUCUCUGA